AUGAGCAAAGUUUUCAUCUCAUUUGACGUUGAUGGAACUGUUGUCAACUUUACGACAAGCGUAAAUGUUCACAAACAAGCAUUUUCUAAUGCUGUUGAGGAGGUAAUUGCUCCUGUCGGCGAUAUUGAAGAGUUUUUAGGAUAUUCAUUAGCUGGUUGGAUGGACAAAAAGAUCAUCCAUCAUAUUGUUGAGAAGCUUGGCCGCGAACCAACCGAAGAAAUAAUAAAUGAAAUAGGAAAGCGCACAGAACAAAACUUUAUCAAAAUGUUUACAGUCAUUCCAGAGGUUCCAAAAGGAAUUAAGCAAAUCCUUAGUGAAUUAAGUAAGAUGCCAAAUGUUACCAUCGGACUUGCAAGUGGAAAUUUGCAAGAGAUUGCUUAG